UCGUGUCCGAUGGGCACGUGAAAGACCCCCGACAGAGAGAAGGGGAGGAAGACACAAUCCGGGCUUGAAGAUAUGGACGAUCACAGCUUGUCACACGCAUCCCCCGUGAAGAGAGAGAUCGCCGACAGCGGAAACGGUGGGAAUAGAGAAGCCGAGUACGCAGCUGCCGCGGCUGCAGCCCUGGCAAUCGGACCGAAGAGAGGCAAUGUGGCGGGAUUCCUGGUAAAGGCCUACCAGAUCUUCGACACUCCUGCAUGGUCCGACGUGUGCGGGUGGGGGGAAGGGGGCAACACGGUGGUGAUCCGCAAGCAGGUCGAAUUUGCUCAACACAUCCUGCCCCUGUUCUUCAAUCACUCCAACCUCCAGAGCUUCGUCAGACAGCUGAACAUGUACAACUUUCGGAAGGUGAUGCAAGACCCUAGCAGCGGAGAGUUCAAGCACGACCUCUUCCGGAAGGGUAACGGGCACUUGCUCCACAAGAUCAAGCGGAAGCAGAGUGCGGCAGCGGCGGCGACCAAUGGGACGGCCAGUACAUUGCCUACCAACAGCAAGUUCGAUGUGGAUGGGGCCGGUUCUAGCACGGCCCUGAUUGCCGGGGGCAUCGUGCACGAGGCUGACAAGGUCUUGGAUGAGCUGGUAGAGCUGAGGAAGUGGAAGGAGGACAUGGAGAAAACGCUGGAUGAAUUAAAACGGGAUAAACAGACCCUCCAGAGCGAGAACCAAAUGCUCAAGGGGCACGUUGCGGAGCACGGGCAACAGCAGAAGGUCCUGCAGAAGAAGAUGCAGAAGAUUGUCGGCUGCAUGUACGAUGGAUACAUGUCUGGGUUAAGAGGAAUCACCGCCCGCGGCGAUGCGGAGGCGGUCGAAGCGAAUAAGAUGACAGCUCCGGCAACGGCAGCAACAGACAGUGCACAAGGGCAGCGAUUAGCCGUGGCGGGGAGUCAAGGUGCUGCCGCAUCGACCGCGUUAGAGAAGGCGCUGAAGGAGCUGGCCGCCCUAGCAGGGGAGAACUUGUCCUCCAAGAUGAAUGCACUGGAUAUGAAAAACCCGUGGACUGCUGCAGGAGAGGGCUCGGUUUCUGCUUGUGCUGCUGCCGAUGCAACCGGCGCGGGAGGUGCCGGGGUUGCCGCUGCCGAUGGCCAGGCAAUUCCAGUCAACAUCAAGAACGAGGCGAGCGCUGGAGGUUCCGGCGGCAGGAUCAUCGGGGGUGGGUCAUUGAAGAGAAACCGCACAUGGUCCCUGCAUUCCUACGAGUGGCUUAGGGACCCUCACCCGCCGGGGUCGUUGGAAAACCAGAACGGCGUUUCCUCUGGCGUGUCUAAAGACAACGGUAACGGCAUCAUCAAGCGGGGCGAGGCGGGGGAAGAUGCCGCGGCAUGGCGUUCGUCCGAGGGCAUCGAUCUUAGCGGCACGAGCAAUGGCGACGGCGGUAACGAUGCUGCAGUUUGCACAUCCCCGGACCUCGAGAGACACAAGCUCCAGCCGAGAGCCUCCCCCUCCUGCUCCUCCUCCUCGCCCAAGUCGGAACGCGGCGGCAGCGCUCCUGUUGUGACUCAUGGCGAGGGUAUUGCAGAUGCCGUCGCUGGCACGGGCAACGAGAACAACAAGAACAGCGCUUCCUCAUCCGGCGAAAAUAACAGCAGUGCUUCCGCGUUGUCCGGCGAUAGAGACUCGCACCACGGAUCUCUCAACACGGUGUGCAGCUUUCACCCGAACUCUCCCUUGCCCGCUGGGGACAGCCUUUCGAGCAUCAUCAACGAGGCGGAGACUACGCGACAGAGCGUGGCUGCGGCGGGGGGCUACGCAGGGAACGGGGACGUCUGGGGGGGUGGCGCACUGGUCAAGACCAUGUCGGAAGGGGCCACCCAGAUGGUGAGUGAGCUGGGCGAACUCGGACAUAGACAAGGAGAGGCUUUAUCGAAGAUCGACAGCCUGGGUCUCCAGCUAACCAACCUGCUGGACCCCGCAAUCUUAGACGACAUGUUCAUGUUAGACAGCACCAAUGAUGGUGGUGCCUUCGAUGUCGAUGAUACCACCGCUGCCGUGGGCAAUGAGACACCAACACCAACAGCAGCACCAUCAGCAGUCACUAGCCCUGCCUUCGGCGAUGGCAAUGGCGUGGCAGACCCCUCCAUGAACACCUGCUAAUACGUUCAUGACGACACGUCCGAGAGAGAAAGAGAGAGAGAGAGGAAGAGAGAGAGAGAGAGGGAGAGAGAGAGAGAGAGACAGCGAGAGAGAGAGAGGCAGCCUUGGUGCGGAUGCUGAUGGUAGUGCUACUCAUCUUGGGCGUGCACCCGAGCAAAGAUCAUCCGGCGGGCCAACGAAUCAUCAAAGAGUCGUCGUUCUUACUGGGCGAGGCAGAUCUGGGCGUCAUGCUAGCCACUCCAUCUGCUUGUAUACUUUAAUUGUCGGCGGUUUUGUUGAGGGUUUUAGUUUGGCGUGCGGCUUGCUCUUGAGUUGCUCUUCACCCCAUCCCGCACGUUUGGGAAAAGUUUGAUAUUGUUUUUCGGGGAUGCGAGUUCUUGUCUGAAUUGACUUGCGGCGUCGUGCCGUUGUCGAUCGUCUUCCGACAGAUCACCCGGCAGGGUAGGCGGGAGCAUCUUCAAGCUUUUGAGGUGGGUUCGCAUGAUGACAUGGCCGUAGGACUGUGAUUUAUGCUUGUGAGUUGGGUUCGAAUCAUGUGGCCGUGGGAUGCUCUGCGAGUUUGUUGGUUGCAACACUCGAGCCUUUAUCACCAGUGACAUCACGUAGGACGUAGCGUCAGGGACGCACUUGUGUGCAGGAGGUGCUCCCAACAGGCGAUUGCAGCACAUUGGUUUCAGAUCAGGUCUCUAACGUCCGCUUGCAACUGGCUCGUUUACACGGGGGCGACAGCACGAGACCCCGAAAGUGGUGGACCAAGAGGUUCUUCACUCUAGAGUAACAUGAUAUCUCAGGCCACAAGCUGCGUUCGUUGGGAGACUCUGCAUGCGGUGAUGAGACAUCUCGGCGAAUCUGAUCAGAGAGAGCCUGAAAGAGCCUGAAUCUCAGAAAGAGCGUGCAUUCCAGGAACAAACGGAAUUUAGGAAUUUCAGGAGUCGCCCUGCCGAGAGGCGGUGCAACAACUGCACCUUCUCCGGAGAUCGUCUCCCACCAAUCACAAGUUUCGGAUUUGGUUUGUUGCGUUGUGUCUUAUGUUCUUUAUGGGGGCGGCUGGUGGAAAAUUCCUCGCAUUUUUACAAGGAGAAAAGGUUUUGUGGCACGCAAUUUGCGUGUUGGUCAACACGCCUGCGGCGGAAUUUACAAUUAACAGGCACGACCGAAGAUCCGCAGGUGGCGGGUGGCCUCAUCCGCAGUGCAGUCGAGGACGGCACAUAAGGAAUCUAUGGAUGAAUUGUCCUUUUGGGUUCGUUCAUCUAGUGUCUCAUUAAUCUGUUUUGUAGCACAACGGUGCAUGGCAUGUUUGGCGUGCGUGGGAAGGAAGCGCUCGCGCAUGUUGAGUCUCGCUGUUGGUGCAGUACCACUGACCGAUACACCUUCACUGGCGAUAAACGGGAAGUUACUUUAUCGGCAGCUCAUACAGUUAGGGUACCACCGAAACGCGCUGAACCAGUGAACGUUGUGAGUCUGAUGCGCCCGGCUUACUGUAGUGUGGUGGAUAGCUCCAUCACCACCCACACCUCCAUGUUGGCUAUGAAGCGGCCCCCAACUCCUACCCUUGAAGGGUGUGCCGGGUGGAGAUGCGGUGGAAAAAGGGGACGUAACCGCUUUGGAUGCGAAGGUCGUGGUUGGCCCGGCACCCGGCCCACUUCUUGUCUGCCUGUGGGUUCCAGUG